AUGUGUUUUUUUUCUUUUGUUCUUCUUUACUGGUGUUUCUUUCUUGCGUUUUAGGCUCUUACAUGUUUUACUUUUUACCUUCAUGGGUGUUCCUUAUUUAUUUACUUUUUUGUCUCUUGAUUAUGCUUCUUUUUCCUUUUUUUUUUUUCCGGUUAUGGCUAGCUUUAUAUUUUUUCAUUGUUUACUCAUGCCUGUGGUAAAAAUUUGAUCUUUUUUAUUGACUUGGGAAUGUAGAUUGAUUUUCAUGGCUCAUUUUGAACAAAUUGUUGAAGAUGAUUCAUAUACAGCACUUUUAACUAUGCUCUUGUUUUUUUUUUUUUUUUUGUAGCUUUAAAAUUUCACAUUGUUUAAUUAUGCCUGUGGUAAAGAUUUGAUUUUUUUCUUGAAUAUGGAAUGUAGGCUGAAUUUCAUGGUCCAUUUGAACUUAUUGUUAAAGAUGAUUCAUAUAGCCAACACUAGCUUUUUUGUUUUAACUAUGCUCUUGUUUUUUCCCCCUUGUUGUAGCUUAAAAAAUUUCAUUGUUUAAUUAUGCAUGUAGUAAAGAUUUGAGCUUUUCAUGGUCCGUUUAAACUUAUUGUUAAAGAUGAUUCAUACAGCCAACACUAACUUUUUUGUUUUUGUUUUAACUAAGUUCUUGCUUUUUUCUUGUUGCUAGCUUUAAACGUUUUCAUUGUUUAAUUUAGCUGUGGUAAAAAAUUGAGUUUUUUUUUUAAUUGAAUUGGGAAUGUAGGUUGAUUUUCAUGGUCCAUUUAAAUUUAUUGUUAAAGAUGAUUCAUAUAGCCAGCACUAAUUUUUUUUUUUUUUGUUUGGUUGCUAGCUUUAAAAAAUUUCAUUGUGCAACUACGAAUCUAUACUUCACUCAGUUGUCUGCUCUUAGGAUAUGGGGUUAUAGGACCUUACAUAAGAUGAAUCAUAUCAACAGAGUGUAGGUGAUCUUUAUUGGGUUAUAGUUCUUUAUUUAAGCCGUUCUAAGUCAUUCACGGGGAUAAGACCAUUCAGGUGAUAUUGCUGAGCUUCUGUAGGACCUUGUCAUACUCCGGAUUGCGGGAGGGUUUGUGUGUUUUGAAUUGGUUGAGGAUUUUAUGUCCUUGUAAUGGCUUCCAAGAAGAUAAUUGCAAUAUGUCAAUCUGGAGGAGAGUUUGUGACAAACAAUGAGGAUGGGUUUUUGACAUAUACAGGUGGAGAGGCUUAUGCUUUGGAUAUUGAUGACCAGACAGUUUUGGCUGACUUUAAGAAAGAAAUAGCAGAGAAUUUUCAGUGUGGCGUUGAAGGAAUGACAAUAAAAUAUUUUCUUCCUGGGAAUAAGAAGACUCUCAUUACUAUAUCUAAGGAUAAGGACCUCAAGCGUAUGAUUAAUUUUGUCAAGGAUUCGGACCAAGUUGAGAUCUUCAUAAUUUAUGAUGAAGCUGUUGUGAAAAAUGAACCCAAUGUCUCUGCCAGCAGGUCGACAACUGCGUCAGAGGCAGCUCUUACUCCUGCCACCCCUGUGGAUGUGGAUAUGAUUCAGUGUGAUGAUCUCCUUGGUGCUGAUGCUGCCAUUGAUACAACUCCCCUGUGUGUCUAUCCUGAUGAGAACAAAGAGAAGCCUCGCCGAGCAGCUACACAAUGGGAGAACGCAAUAACUGGCGUGGGUCAGAGAUUCAAUAGUUUCGCUGAAUUUCGUGAAGCUCUGCAUAAAUACUCAAUUGCCCAUGGAUUCGCUUAUAGGUAUAAGAAAAAUGAUAGUCGUAGGGUAACUGCUAAAUGCAAAGUUGAAGGAUGUUCUUGGUGCAUAUAUGCAUCAAGGUUGCCUACCACUCAGCUAAUAUGUAUCAAGAAAAUGAAUGAAAAACAUACAUGUGACGGGGCUGCUGUUAAAGCUGCGUACCGAUCAACGAGGGGAUGGAUGGGAAGUAUUAUAAAGGAAAAGUUGAAGGUUGCUCCGAACUACAAGCCAAAGGAUAUCGCAAAAGAUAUUGAGCGCGAAUAUGGUAUUCAGUUGAAUUAUUCUCAAGCAAGGCGUGCGAAAGAGAAGGCAAGAGAGCAGCUUCAGGGUUCUUUCAAAGAGGCGUACAGUCAGUUACCUUUAUUCUGCGAGAAAAUUAGAGAAACUAAUCCUGGAAGUGCUGCUAUAAUAGCCACUAAGGAGGACUCGAGUUUCCAUCGACUGUUUAUUGCGUUUCAUGCUUCAAUAUCUGGUUUCCAACAAGUUUGCCGGCCUCUUAUUUUCCUGGACAGCACACUUCUCUAUGCAAAGUAUCAAGGAACACUUUUGGCUGCCGUAGGUGUAGAUGGGAACGACGGAGUUUUUCCGGUUGCCUUUGCAGUUGUAGAUGAAGAGACCAGUGACAACUGGCAUUGGUUUCUUUCAGAACUAAAAUCCGCUGUCCAUACAGCAUCCUGUCCGAUAACUUUUAUUUCUGAUUUCCAAAGAGGGAUAAGAGAGUCUUUGCACAAUGUCUUUGGUGAAGAGUGUUACCACGGCUUUUGUCUCCGUUAUCUUGCUGAGAAACUUAAUAACGAUUUGAAAGGGCAGUUUUCACAUGAAGCCAGACGCCUUAUGAUCCAAGAUUUAUAUGCUGCUGCUUGUGCAAUUAAGCUCGAGUCUUUCGAACGAUGUGUCGAGAAUAUAAAAGCUAUCUCGCCCGAAGUUUACAAUUGGGUCACUAGAAGUGAGCCAGAACACUGGGCAAAUGCCUUUUUUGGUUGGACAAGGUAUGGCCACUUGACAUCCAACUUUGGGCAGCUUUUUUAUGAUUGGGUAGCGGAGGUGAAUGAACUGCCAAUUACUCAAAUGGUUGAUGUGUUACGUGGUAAGAUAAUGGAAUUGAUCUAUACUAGGCGUGUUGAGUCCAGUCAGUGGGUUACGACUUUAACACCUUUGAUGGAACAAAAACUUCAAAGUGAAACAUCAAGAGCAAGGUCGCUUCAUAUAUUAUCCUCGCAUGGGAGCACAUUUGAAGUACAUGGCGAAUCUAUUGAAGUAGUUGAUAUUGAACAAUGGGAUUGUAGUUGUAAAGAAUGGCAGCUUAAUGGGUUGCCUUGUUGCCAUGGUAUUGCUGCUUUGGAAUACCUAGGAAGGAGCCCUUAUGAUUAUUGCUCUAGAUACUUUUCAACUGAGAGUUACCGUGUAACGUAUGCCGAAUCUAUUAACCCCAUACCUCAUCUGGAAAGACCAAUUAAAGGUGAACCAGAUAUGGAGCAUACAGUCAUUGUUGUGACUCCUCCACCAACGAAACGUCUGCCUGGUCGACCAAAGAUGAAGAAGGCGGACACUUUUGACAUAGUCAAACGUCAGAUGCAAUGUAGCAAGUGCAAGGGCCUGGGCCACAAUAAGAAGACAUGCGGGAAGGUGAAUAAUAUUGAUGAAUCAGACCCUCUACAUCUCACUGGCUUGGUAACUGGAGAACUUGAAACUGCAGGAUCCAUGGAAUUGGAAUCUUCUUGUCCAAUGUAGUUAAAACUGAUAUAUUUAGAUACCUUUGAUAGAUAUCAUUUAGGACAAGAGUAGAUGGGUAUAGAUUCUCUCCCAGUAUGGUGACAUUUAAUUUUUUUGUAGUUGGUUUUGUUAGUCAGAAUUUUUUGUUUAUAAAGUUGUGCUUGUUAAUUUGAUCUUUUUCAACUCCAUGUGUUCCGAAGUAGCAAGACGAGUGAAUGAAGGUGUUGUUAGCAGUUGUGAA